ACUUAUAGUCGAGUUGCAAUGAUGCGUAAUGCAUCAUUGUUGCCACAGAUCUCAACGAAUAUGCAAGUGCCGUCCUACUGUGUCCUGCCGCUGCUGCUGCUCCUCCUCCUCGGCGGUGUUAUCCCUUUGAUAACGGCAUCCAACGAGGAUGACUGCAACGAGGUGGUCUGCGGUUCGGUGGUGUCCAAGUGCCUGCUCACCCAGAGCUGCCAGUGCAAGCUGAACGACUGCCAUUGCUGCAAGGAUUGCCUGAACUGCCUGGGUGAGCUAUUCACCGAGUGCUGCGGCUGCCUGGACAUGUGUCCCAAGCACAAGGACGCUCUGCCAUCGCUGACCCUGCGCUCGGAGAUCGGGGAUAUCGAGGGCCUGCCCGAGCUCUUCGACACCCUUACCGCCGAGGACGAUGAGGAAUGGUCGACCAUACGCUUUCAAAUGCGAGCCGGCUUCAAGCAGCGGGUUCAAGGUAAUAGCGCUGGACACAGUGACAGCGGAGCUGGAACAGGAGCAGGAGCAGGAGCUGGAACUAGCAACAUGUGCACCGUGAUCUAUGUCAACUCCUGCAUCCGGGCGGACAAGUGCCGGCAGCAGUGCGAGAGCAUGGGAGCCAGCAGCUAUCGAUGGUUCCAUGACGGCUGCUGCGAGUGCGUCGGCGAUAAUUGCCUCAACUAUGGCAUCAACGAGAGUCGUUGCCGGGCGUGUCCGGAGGAUGAUGAGCAGCUGCUCACCGCCGACACGGUCCAGGGCGAAGCGGAGCAGGAUCUGGAGCAUCUAUUUGGCAACGAGGAGAACGAGGCCAACAUGAAUUUUGGGGAAGAUGAAGACGAUUUUCUUUAGGGGAUUUAUUGAUUUUAAGUCUGCUAUAAUUUAGAU